UCUUCCGCCUAAACUCCAAUAAUCGCUUUUCUUCUUAACAAAAAAAAUAGCAAUAAUUUCUUUCCCCUGUUGUACAAAUUCGUACCAUGCAGAAUUCAUGAUCUUCUCAAAUCUAAAAAGGCUACCUUUAUUGUCUCCGCCAUUUGUCAAGCUCAUGGCUUCAUCAACAUCUUUGAAUGGAGGAUCACUUUCGAAUUCAUCACAGAGACUCUUAGCCUUAGCCCAGCAGCUGCGUCAUUACAGGCCUCCAACUUGUUCCUUGGACGACAACGAGGAACAAAUCAUGGAGGAAGCCGCAGGGAAAGUUGUUUCCCAAGUGGGUUUCCAAGAAUCUGUUACCCCAGUUGCCAAAAACCCGGAAAAGUUUAGACCUAAAAGAGCUGCUGUUUUGAUCUGUCUCUUUGAAGGGGAUGCUGGGGAUUUACGUGUCAUAUUGACCAAGAGGUCUUCAAGACUGUCUACUCAUUCGGGGGAAGUUUCAUUGCCAGGUGGGAAAGCAGAGGAGGGGGACAAAGAUGAUGGUGACACAGCUACUAGAGAGGCUAAAGAAGAGAUUGGGUUGGAUCCUUCACUUGUAAAUGUUGUAACUGUUCUUGAACCAUUUUUGUCUAAGCAUCUCCUUAGAGUAGUUCCUGUUAUUGGCAUACUUAACGACAAAAAGGCAUUCAAGCCUACUCCAAAUCCUGCUGAAGUGGAUGCUGUGUUCGAUGCUCCCCUGGAAAUGUUUGUUAAGGAUGAAAACCGAAGCGUAGAAGAGAGAGAAUGGAUGGGAGAGAAGUAUCUCCUUCACUUCUUUGACUAUGAAAUUGAGAAUAAGAAGUAUUUAAUAUGGGGUUUAACUGCUGGGAUUUUGAUAAGAGCUGCUUCAGUGGUCUACCAGCGACCACCAGCUUUCCUGGAACAGAGUCCCAAGUUCAAGUUUCCUAGAGUUGUGGACAAUAAUACUGUUAUGCGUUGAAUAGUUCCAGGAAUUUUAAGUUUGGCUUGUACCUCAAAUCUACAUAAUAAUAAUUCUAAUUAAUCGAAGAUGAGUCCAAUUGGGGCAUUUUUUAA